AUGCUUCGUCUCUGUGGUCAUUCGCAAGAACAAUUGCAUCGUCAUAUUUCAUUCCAAGACUUCCAAUAUUUUACAACUAUCUUACGCAAUCGUACUAUAGAGGAAGCAAAUUUCUAUUACGUAUUCGAAGAUCAAUGCAAAAAAAAAAAAAGAAAAUUCUACCGACGAAAUUAUUACUUUCGUCUUAUACAAUGUAUUUUAACGAAGACAUAUGGAUUAAGCUUCAACAUACCUGUUAAGAUGAAUUAUUUAAUUCCAGUAAUAUCAUAA